UUACUAUGGAAUACGGAACCACAUUUUCAUUCUGUUGGUCGGGGGGGGAAGUAAAUUGCUGCUGUACCACUACAGCCACAUUGAGGUCAAAUUUAUCAAAUGCUUAUUUAAAAUGUCUAGUUUUUCAAGAUCAGCCCAGCAAUGGGCGACCUUUGCAAGAUCCUGGUUCCUGAUAGACGCUAGUAUGCAGCCUCCUGGAAAGAUCGCCUCUAUGUGUUCAGUGCGUCUUCAAGGAAAGCAUAAACCCAUUUACCAUCCACUGAGUGAUAUUGGAGACCAUGUGGUGGUCAUGAACACCAGACACAUCGCCUUCUCUGGAAAUAAAUGGGAACAGAAAGUGUAUUCGUCUCACACUGGCUACCCUGGAUCAUUCAAACAGCUCACGGCAGCCCAAAUGCACAAAAAAGACCCAACAGCUAUCAUUAAACUGGCUGUGUACGGGAUGCUUCCCAAAAACCUCACCAGAAGGACCAUGAUGCAACGGCUUCACCUCUUCCCAGAUGAUGUUCUUCCUGAGGACAUUCUGAAGAACCUGACAGAGGAGCUUCCUCAACCCAGAGAGAUUCCUCGCAAGCUCAGCGAGUACACACAGGAGGAGCGGGACGCUUUCCCCAUGCUCUGGACCCCAGCAUGAAUCAGAUUUAGAGCAUAGCCGAGCUGUCGUCCUGUGCGGAUGGUCUGCUGAGGGAGAGAGAGGGUGGCUGGCAGUGUGGUCGUAAAGAACUGAUGUUUAAUAAUCCAUCUGUGAAGCUGCACCUUUCUGGAUGGCUGCUUUGCUGGUCCCCACACUGCAGACAUCCAAUCAGAUUUAUGAGAGCUGAGUCACCGGCUCGGAGGCCAGCCAAUCACACACUGCCUGUGAGGUCACAGUGGGGAACUUUGCUUUGCACACUCAUUUAUUUUAGCUACUUUUCUGAUAAUAAAGUGGACUGGCAGUUUAUUUCUUUAGAGUAGUGUUUUCCAACUUUUUUGUGUUUUGCACCACCACAGCCCAAUAAACAGGGUUAAAGCACCUCUUUAUUGACACCAGUAUUAUUUUGGAUCGCUUUAAUUUUUGUGUGUUAUAUGUAAAUAUUAUGAAAAUGAAUUAUAUAUUCACUACAUUGUAUUCAUC